CAGCUCAUCACCACUUCCUGUUCCACUUCUACCCGACACUGAGAACCACACAGAGCUUCAGUCGGCUCGUUGUCGUCGUCGGUCGUCUCCGUCCUCAGAACAAAGAACCAGAACCAGAAGAACCAGAAGAACCAGAACCAGAAGAACCAGAAGAGCCGGUUUGAGAUGGAGCUCCAGAUCCGGGUCUCUGGACUCUUGGUCCUGGUCUCAGUGUUUCCUCCAGCAGAGGCCGUGGCCAUGUACAGCCCUCAGCUGUGUUACAUCCUGGACGGCUUCCUCGGCCUCUACGGACUCAUCAUCACCGCCAUGUUCAUCAAGGAGAAGUUCUUUACAACCAAAGUGAAGGGAGGAGAUGACCUCUACAUGGAUCCGGAAGGUCAGGCCGGAGGAGGUUACAGUCAGCUGAUGAGAGACAGAAACCAAGGGGCGGACGACACCUACACCGGUUUGACCAGGCGUACUGAAGGAGAAUACAAAGAGCUUCCUGUUAAAAGAGACCGUCAGAGAAAGAACGACCAGAUUUACCAGGGUCUGAGCGCGGCCAGCAGAGACACCUACGACUCUCUGCAGAUGCAGCCUCUUCCUGCUCGCUAACGCCGCAUCACUUCCUGUCGGCCUCUCAAACCCCAACGACCCUGUUCACCAUGACGAGGAGAGUCCAUCUUUCAUUUAGGAUCUUUCUGGUUCAGUUGGGAAUAAGAUGAAUUAGCUCAUGUUAAUCCGUAGAUGUUUACUUCUUUAUAAAACGAUUAACCUCUGCAGAAAACCAUCUAAACUCUUAAACAUCAAUUAGUUUUAUCCACAAAAUCCCUUAAAUUAUCUCAAUUAUUGUCCCUUAAAUUUCAAUUAAUUUAAUUCAUUGAUCAUGAUGUUUUUGAGGUAUUUUAACGGGACAAUUGAAUAGAAACAUAAAAGUUAAGAAAACAUUUUCAUUGCAGUUUAUUAUUAUUUAAUUCCCCCAAAAAAUCUCCAUAAAAGUCUUCAACUGUUAAUCAAAACAAAAAGGGCAGAGCCAGUGAUGUGAUUGGCUGCUGCUUGUUUAGGGCAGCCAAUCACAUCACUGGAUCUGAAUAAAGAAUAAAAGAUUAAAAAAAUUGAGCUACAAUGAAAAUAUAUUGAAUAAAUCAAAAACAACAUAUAUUAAUAUUUCACAGAUUUAUGGUAAAUUAGUUUAUUUAGUUUUGGACGCUUUAGGCCUCCAUACUAUUGUACAAAUAAAAAAUAUGGUGCAGCUUUAAGUUUUACUCCUUUUAAGGUAUUUUACUUUUAUUUGCUGUUUUGUUAGUUGUUAUGCUUUUUUACUGAAAUAAUGUAAGUUUAGUCGAUGUGAAAGUGUUUUUUCUUAUUGAUCUGAACUUUGAACUUAUGAAUAAUUUGUUUUGAUAUUUUCCUGAGAAUGUGUGCAGUUUUUAUAUGAAUAUAUUGCUUUUUACUUGUGCUGUUCAUGUUUGCUCCGUUAAAGCUAAACUGAGUUCAUAUCUGAGAUUAAAAUGCAUCUAAAAAAAUGUUUUAAUAAACUUUAUUAAAGUGGGAAAA